ACAUCACUUUUCUCUUAACGCGAUGAAGAAACCCUAAGCGCCGUGUGCGAUUGUCAAUUCAGGAUCCUGUUCAUCUUCCUCUUUCUUCCGUUUGCGAGCCAAUCGUCCGUGAAAUCAAUUUUCCCCCACGCCUUCGCACUCUUUAAUCCCUCAUUAACCCCAUUAAUGGGAUCCUUUGGCUUCCUCCUUCAUAUCUUCUAUAAAACCUCCACUUCACGAAAUUGGAUUUACAUCCAAAUUGUUUUUACUCUCUCCAAUUUCAAUCGCGAUGAAGACUACCGGUGCUCCCGACUCUGUGAACUCCAAAUGCGAGGCGGCGGCCCUCUCGGCUCCGGUCAAAACCGGUGAUCAAUCCGGUGUUCCUUCCGGCAUCGUCCCCUCGAUGAAGCCAGCGGUGAAGGCUGCUCGGGAUCGAGAAUGUGCCUGAUGACUUAGCUAGCAACAACGUAGCCGAGGUUGACGUGAGCGAUAAAUACAUUGACGCAGUAGACCUCGAGAGACGGAUGUGGAAGGAUCGUGUACGCCUCAAAAGAAUCAAAGAACGUACCAACAAAACCGGUUCCCAACAAAACUGUGGUGAACAGUGACAAUGAUGUUGAUGGGACAGAGGAGGCUUCAGCUUCAAUAACAGCCACCUCGCAGCCAGUAAGAGAUCAAGAUAAAGCAGAGAAACACAGGAGAAGGAAAAGACCAAGAAGCAGAUCAGAAGCUGAACAGAGAAAUGUUAUACCUCACAUGAAUCAUGUUGAUGCCUCUGCUAGGACAUAACAUCAACGGUACUCAUCACCGUGAAGAAGGUGUUUUGGAACCAAACAUAGCCUUAGGACCAGAGGAGAACGGUCUGGUAUUGGUGGUUCCAGAGUUUGAUAGCAACUGUACUCAUCUUCUCCCUGUUAGUGGACAAGCUAUGAUGCCUGUAGAGGAACGGUUUACGGACCAAACCAUAACCAGGAGUUGCAGUUUGGGUCAGGUUAAAACUUCUAUAAUCCCUCUGCAGUGUUUGUGAAUAAUCAGGAAGAAGAUCUUAUAGAAAUGAACCCAUCUCACAACAAUGGGUUUGAGGCCUCAGUAGAAGUACUUCAACCCCAUGGUUUACAUGAAAAUGAAGAAAGAGAUUUGUCUACUCAGUUUCAGAGUGACAGUAACAGUCUCAGAGAUUUGAUUCCUAUUGUGCAUUUGAUGAUGACUUCUCAUGGUUUCGAGCAUAGUUUCUUGAAGUUUUUGUUGGGAGGUUAAGUAACCAUUGUGAGGUAGCUUAAGAUCUUAUAAUCUUUUGGUAUUGUCUUAAUUUUUUCUUUUUUUUUUGCAAGUUAUGUUGCAGGUUCAGAAAAACAUGGCAGUAGUCUUGAAUAACUAUGAGCUUGAUUAUGAGAUCCACUGAUUUGCAAAAGACAUCUAUCGCUUUACCUAAUUACUUGGUCUCAACUCUUUCGCUCUUUACUUCUUGAUUUUCGAGUCCAUGGAGUAAGAUAGUACCUCAAAGAGAUCAUUCGAAGGUGAUGUUGCUUCUCUUCGGAAUUUCCUUGAAAUCUAGAAGGAACCUACGCCCAAUGCUUCUCGUCUCUUCAUCCUAUGGUUUUCUCUUUGCUUCUCUUCAUCUUGUGCUCUGUUUAGUCUCAGCAGUCCCAGAUAAUCGUCAAGAUAAUCAGAAUAAUAAAAGAAAGAUGACGACCGAAAAGAAAGAGAUGGAAGUGGUGAAAAAUCUCGACUUGGAGAGAUACAUGGGCCGCUGGUAUGAGAUUGCUUCUUUCCCUUCCAUUUUUCAGCCCAAGAACGGUGUGGACACUCGCGCCACCUACAGCCUCAACCCUGACGGCACGGUGCACGUCUUGAACGAGGUGUGGAACGGUGGCAAGAGAGCUUUCAUUGAAGGCUCGGCCUACAAGACUGAUCCUAAGAGCGACGAGGCUAAGUUCAAAGUUAAGUUUUAUGUCCCUCCUUUCCUCCCUAUCAUUCCUGUCACUGGAGAUUACUGGGUGUUGUAUAUUGAUCCUGAGUACCAGCACGCCGUCAUCGGCCAGGCUACAAGGAGUUAUCUCUGGAUACUGAGCAGGACAGCGCAUGUAGAGGAAGAGACAUACAAGGCGCUGGUGGAGAAGGCAGUGGAGGAAGGGUACGAUGUUAGCAAGCUUCACAAAACCCCUCAGAGUGACACACCACCAGAGUCCAACUAGGGGCGGACCCAGAAAAUAAUUUAAUAUGUGGCACAAUAUAUAAAUUAUAUAUUAUGUUAUAUUAAAUAUAAUUUAAUAAAAUUAAACUAAAACUA